GACCCUUUCUGCCAUUGGCCCUUUUGCAGAGUAGGCUGCUUGCUUUGGGGAAACUACUUAGCACUUCCAAGCCCCAGCAGCAGGAACAUUGUAUCAUGUGAGUUUCCUUUUUGGAAGGCGGAGGGGAGAUCCAGGAGGGAUCCACUGGGAUCUGCAACUGCAAACCAGCAAAAAGAGCAGGCCUGGGAGAUAGCUGUCCAGUCGCCAUGUCGGUCAGUGUCCAUGAGAAUCGUAAAUCCCGGACCAGCACUGGUUCUAUGAACAUCUUGCUGUUUCAUAAAGCCUCCCAUCCAGAUUGUGUCCUCUCACAUCUCAACACCAUGAGGAAGCACUGCAUGUUCACUGAUGUCACCCUCUGGGCUGGGGAAAAGUCCUUUCCGUGCCACCGAGCCGUGCUAGCAGCCUCCAGCAGAUAUUUUGAAGCCAUGUUCAGCAACGGCCUUCGUGAAAGCCUAGGAGAUGAGGUAAAUUUCCAUGACAGCUUACACCCGGAGGUGUUGGAGCUCCUGCUGGAUUAUGCCUACUCAUCCAAGAUCAUCAUCAAUGAGGAAAAUGCAGAGUCUCUCCUGGAAGCUGGUGACAUGUUGCAGUUUCACGAUGUCCGCGACGCAGCUGCUGAGUUCCUGGAGAAGAACUUGUACCCUUCCAACUGCUUGGGCAUGAUGGUCCUUUCAGAUGCUCACCAGUGCAAGAGGCUCUAUGAGCUGUCUUGGAGGAUGUGCCUGGUCAACUUUGAGACAGUCCAUAGGAGUGAAGAUUUCAACAGCCUCUCCAAGGAUACCCUGUUGGACUUAAUUUCCAGUGAUGAGUUGGAAAUUGAGGAUGAGGAGAAGGUCUUCAAGGCAGUCAUCCAGUGGGUAAAGUAUGAUUUGGACAAGCGGAAGGCUUUCCUUCCAGAGCUGUUGAAGAAUGUGCGCCUGGCCUUACUGCCUUCUGAAUGCCUCAAGGAAGCAAUGGCCUACGAGGAGCUGAUCACAGCAGAGGAGCGGAACAAAGAAAUCAUGGAUGAAGCUCUUUGGUGCAAAAAGAAAAUCCUACAGAAUGAUGGGGUGGUCACAAGUCCCUGUGCCAGGCCUCGCAAAGCUGGACAUACUUUGCUCAUCUUAGGGGGACAGACGUUUAUGUGUGACAAAAUUUAUCAAGUAGACCACAAAGCAAAAGAGAUAAUCCCCAAAGCAGACCUGCCCAGCCCUAGAAAGGAGUUCAGUGCAUGUGCCAUUGGCUGCAAAGUCUAUAUUACUGGUGGGAGAGGCUCAGAAAAUGGGGUGUCCAAGGAUGUUUGGGUUUAUGACACAGUUAAUGAGGAGUGGUCCAAAGCUGCCCCCAUGCUUAUAGCUCGGUUUGGACAUGGUUCAGCUGAGCUGGAAAACUGUCUCUAUGUGGUUGGUGGACACACAGCAGUGGCUGGAGUCUUUCCUGCCUCUCCUUCUGUUUCUCUGAAGCAGGUGGAGAAGUAUGAUCCAGUUGCCAACAAAUGGACCAUGGUAGCCCCUCUGAGGGAUGGCGUCAGCAACGCUGCAGUUGUAAGUGCGAGACUGAAGCUCUACGUCUUUGGUGGAACCAGCAUUCACCGGGACAUGGUGUCUAAAGUCCAGUGCUACGAUCCGUUGGAGAACCGGUGGACCAUCAAAGCCCAGUGCCCCCAACCAUGGCGUUACACAGCAGCUGCUGUUCUAGGCAGCCAGAUUUUUAUUAUGGGUGGAGACACGGAAUACACAGCAGCAUCUGCCUACCGUUUUGAUUGUGAAACAGACCAGUGGACCCGGAUUGGGGACAUGACAGCCAAACGUAUGUCGUGCCAUGCGUUGGCUUCAGGGAACAAGCUUUAUGUGGUAGGCGGUUACUUUGGGACACAGAGAUGCAAAACACUGGACUGUUAUGAUCCUACCUCAGAUACAUGGAACUGUAUCACCACAGUACCUUACUCCCUCAUCCCGACAGCUUUUGUAAGCACAUGGAAACACUUACCAGUCUGACACUGUGAGUGUGUUGUCAAUGGAGGAGCUUAAGGAGAUGUUGACGUGGCACCCAUCUAUUAGUACAGAUGGAGGAAUCUGCACAAACAACUGGAAGCAACUGGUUUUACUUUGUACUACUUUGCUGCCCACCUUGCCUGAUCUUUCUCCCUACAUCACUAUGGGGAUGGGUGUCAAGUUGAUCUAAGUUGUGUGAAUAGGCUAGGUGGGGCAGGUAAGUACUCCUACUGAGUCCUCGGCGAGGAAGAAAGGUCAAAGCAUUGGCAAAAAUUCCUUCUCUUGUGGUUGAGCGGGCACCAUUCUGGAAUCAAACAGAGUUAGAAGAGUGCCCAAAGGAGCCAAGAGACUUUAAAACCCUCAUCCUAUCCCCCAUGCAUACAUUACACAUGAAGCAUUCAAGGACCUCAGGCGUCUUUUCUACCAUGUGAAUGAAGCACAGAUCUCUCUGGAAGGGCUGGAAACCUGUUGAAUCAUUUUGAAGCACAUUCUUUUGUUUGUACUUUGUUGUUCCAGACGUUCAGACUAUUUUAAUUAAAAAAAAAUAC